AUGGGGGCCACCGACGACUAUGUCGAGGAGAAGGAUGCGCCGAUCAAGGCGCUGGACGAGACCGACAUCGCUUUCCUCAAAAACUAUGGCCUUGGCCCCUAUGCCGCCCCCAUCAAGAAGGUGGAGGAGGACAUCAAGUCUAUCAUGAAGAAGGUCAACGACGUGUCGGGCAUCAAGGAGAGCGACACCGGCCUCGCGCCGCCCAGCCGCUGGGACCUCGUGUCGGACAAGCAGAUGAUGCAGGAGGAGCAGCCGCUGCAGGUCGCGCGCUGCACCAAGAUCAUCAACCCCAACACCGACGAGGCAAAGUACGUCAUCAACGUAAAGCAGAUCGCGAAGUUCGUGGUCGGGCUGGGGGACAAGGUGGCGCCAACGGACAUUGAGGAGGGGAUGCGGGUGGGCGUCGACCGCAACAAGUACCAGAUCCAGAUCCCGCUGCCCCCCAAGAUCGACCCCAGCGUGACCAUGAUGACGGUGGAAGAGAAGCCCGACGUCACGUACAGCGACAUUGGCGGCAGCAAGGAGCAGAUAGAGAAGAUGCGCGAGGUGGUGGAGCUGCCGCUGCUGCACCCGGAGAAGUUUGUGCAGCUGGGGAUUGACCCGCCCAAGGGCGUGCUGUGCUACGGGCCGCCAGGUACGGGCAAGACGCUCCUGGCGCGCGCCGUGGCCAACCGCACCGACGCGUGCUUCAUCCGCGUCAUCGGCAGCGAGCUGGUUCAGAAGUAUGUGGGGGAGGGUGCGCGCAUGGUGCGCGAGCUGUUCCAGAUGGCGCGGUCCAAGAAGGCUUGCAUCAUCUUCUUCGAUGAGGUGGAUGCCAUCGGCGGCGCGCGCCACGACGACGGCGCGGGCGGCGACAACGAGGUGCAGCGGACGAUGCUUGAGAUCGUGAACCAGCUGGACGGCUUCGACUCGCGCGGCAACAUCAAGGUGCUGAUGGCGACCAAUCGCCCAGACACGCUGGACCCCGCGCUGCUGCGCCCCGGCCGCCUGGACCGCAAGGUCGAGUUCGGCCUGCCAGACCUGGAGAGCCGCACCCAGAUCUUCCAGAUCCACACGCGCGCGAUGGCGUGCGAGCGGGACGUGCGGUUCGAGCUGCUGGGGCGGCUGUGCCCCAACAGCACGGGCGCGGACAUCCGGAGCGUGUGCACCGAGGCGGGCAUGUUUGCGAUCCGGGCGCGCCGCAAGACGGUGACUGAGAAGGACUUCCUUGACGCCGUCAACAAGGUCAUCAAGGGCUACCAGAAGUUUAGCGCCACGCCCAAGUACAUGGUGUACAAUUAG